AUUCAGGUACUUAACACCCUGGAGACCUGGACCUCGACUUUCAAAGCAGGCUGGGUGGGGAGAUCUGUUUAUAUAAACAGAGAGUGCGCUGUAAAUGCGCUAAUAUCCCCCGCCAGCUCAUGGCGUGCGCCUCUCGCAUCCAUCCUUAGGAGCAGCGGCCCCCGCCGCCCCCAUUCCCAGCCCACCCUGCCCCCGCCUCCUUCCCCUCCUUUCGGCCAUGGCCACCUCCGGACGCCUCAGCUUCACCGUGCGCAGCCUCCUGAAUUUACCCGAGCAGGACGCGCAGCACGGGCCAAGGCGGGAGUCACAGCCGCGUGCGUCUCGGGCCGACCCUUGCGCAGCCUGGCUGGAGUCGGAGCCGGGCCACUACCCCUCCUCGGACGAGAGCAGCCUGGAGACCAGCCUGCCAGACCCGUCGCAGCGGGCGUCCGCUGGGCCCGCGUCACCGGGCUCGGAGGCCGAGAAGAGGAAGAAGCGGCGGGUGCUGUUCUCCAAGGCGCAGACUCUGGAGCUGGAGCGGCGCUUCCGGCAGCAGCGGUACCUAUCCGCGCCCGAACGAGAGCAGCUGGCGCGCCUGCUGCGCCUCACGCCCACGCAGGUCAAGAUCUGGUUCCAGAACCAUCGCUACAAGCUGAAGCGCGCGCGCGCGCCCGCGGUCGCCGAGUCCCCGGACCUCAGCGCCUCCGCGGAGCCGCGCGCCGCGCCGGGCCUGCUGCGCCGCGUGGUGGUCCCGGUGCUGCUGCGCGACGGGCAGCAGUGCGGCGGCGGCAGGGAGUCGGGCCUCACGGCGGCGCGGGACAAGGGCUGCGCUCCCCAGACCACUGCCUGCGCUCUGCCGGGCUACGCUGCCUUCGGGCCGGGCUCAGCGCUCGGCCUCUUCCCGGCCUACCAGCACCUAGCGCCCCCCGCCCUGGUCUCCUGGAACUGGUGAGGCUGCCGCGGGGCGCCGGGUACCCGGACUUUGGAGUACGCUUUUGCGGCCUCAGUGAGGCUGCCGCCAAAGACCUGGAACACUCGGGAGCGCAGCACGGCCGAACCCCUCCUCGCUGACCCCAGCUUCGGGCUUCCCUGGCCCGCCUUCACCUGCUGUUGUGGAAGCUCUCGAAGGGAACCUUCGCCAAGACCACCUCCUCCCCUUCCCUGAACUUCGAGCCCCAGAGCUAGAUUUUAUUGCUUAAGCAUUAUUUGUAUAUUUUUAAAUAGUUUGUA